AUGGCCAGCCAGCAGCAGUCUUAUACCAUUUGGUCACCCCAAGAUACAGUGAAGGAUGUAGCUGACUCGCUUGGGAUAACGAACAUCAGCGAUGACGUUUUGAGAUCACUUGCAAUGGAUGUGGAGUACCGUAUUCUCGAAAUUGUGGAGCAAGCCGUAAAGUUCAAGAGACACGCUAAAAGAGAGGUUUUGACCACUGAGGACAUUGCCAGGGCCCUAAGAGUACUCAAUGUUGAACCUUUGUAUGGAUAUCAAGACGGGUCAGCCAGAGCCAAAGAUGCUUCUUUUUCAAAAGUUAAUGCCCCUGGAGGCCAGACAUUAUAUUACUUGAAUGACGAGGAAGUCGAUUUUGAUAAGCUUAUUAAUGAACCACUGCCCAAAGUUCCUCGUUUGCCUACCUUUACUACACAUUGGCUAGCCAUUGAAGGAGUGCAACCAACGAUACCUCAGAAUCCUAGCCUGAACGAUAUUCGGAUGUCUCAGCCUCCAAUAGUUCGUGGGGCGAUUGUUACAACUAUCAAUGACACGAGCUUUCAAACUUCUGCUUCUGAUGAAAAGGAAACUCAACAUAUUUCACUGAUCAAGCCAGGACAAGCCAACGAAGUGAAGCCCUUGGUCAAACAUGUGUUGUCUAAAGAGCUUCAGAUCUAUUUUGAUAAGGUUGUUGGCGCCCUCAUUUCGAAGGAUAGAGACGAUAAAGCUCACCAUUUGAGAGCAGCGGCUCUUACUUCCCUACGUUCAGAUACAGGCCUGCAUCAGUUGGUUCCCUACUUCAUACAAUUUAUCGCGGAGCAGAUAACUCACAACUUGUCGGACCUUGACCUUCUUACAACAAUGCUCGAGAUGAUCUAUUCUCUUUUGAGUAACACACACGUCUUCCUAGACCCCUAUAUUCAUUCGCUGAUGCCCUCGAUUCUGACUCUUCUGCUGGCUAAGAAACUGGGAGAUAAUCCUCCACCAAAUUCUUCGAAGGAGCAACGAGAAGCUUCUGAAAAGGUGUCGAAAGAUACUGGAACGGAGUUCUUGGAAAAAACUAAUGCCUUGAGAGACUUUGCAGCUUCUUUGCUAGAUCAUGUUUUGAGAAAGUUUCCACAAGUUUAUAAAUCGCUCAAGCCUAGGGUUAUGCGGACGCUACUGAAGACGUUUUUGGAUACAAAUAGAUCAUUCGGCACUUACUAUGGUUGCAUAAAAGGAGUGGCUGUUCUCGGGCCUGAGUCAGUUCGGUUCUUUCUAGGCAACUUACAAAGCUGGGCAAAUUUGGUGUUUGAAGAGCAUACUACAAAAGAGAACGACAAAGAUGAAGGCGGCCAUACAGGCAGGUUUACAGAACAAGAAACAAAAUUACUGUGCGAUGUGAUUAUCGAAUCGCUUGUCGUGCUCAAAUCUGACUUGCCUCCUGGCCAAAAAUAUGACGAAGAGAUCACUCAGAGCCAAAAGGAGAACUUGGUCAAGCGCUGUGGAUCCACUAUUGCUGAUAGACUACUUGAAAGAUCAGAUGCGAGCGAACUGGUGGCUGCAAUCUUUUUUGGAGAAUAA